CUACUUAGCUUUGCGCUGCUUAGUUAUGUGAGAUUCCUCAAUGGGAAUUUCCUGCAGCAAUGAUUCAUCCAAAACAUGUUCUGGUCAAAGGAAAUGCCCAUAGCAUCAUAAAGUGCCACCGUUGAACAACAUGUGCUGUACUUCAGACAAUAAUAUUAGUGAUCAAUUCUCCAGCGCUCAGGCAAUGAGCUUCUUUAUCGCUCAUUUGGUGUUUUAUGGCCUGGUUAAUCAUUAAGCAAUGCCUUUGUGAUGGAGCAAGGACAUAGUUGACACCCGUUGUUCGGUUUUCUGAGGGUUGAUCCUGAGAGUUAGCCAAUAAUUGAAAUAGCUGGGAUAUGAUCCUGGGAUGUAGGGUAUAAAGGUGAGCCAUCGUAGACGACUCGAGUCUGUAUAUAAGAAGGAGCUCUUGGAAGACGUUUGUCUCAAGAGUAUAUAUGUCGAUAAACCAGUUGUCAGAGGGCUCUUUUCUUCAAAAACAUUCUUGGAUGCUUGAAGACAUCAAACCUUGGCAGGUGUUGUUCCCUUGAAUCUUUAAACCCGAAAAGAUCCUUCAGCAUUCCUGAUGGAGAAGGUCAAGUCGAACGGCGGGGAGCACGUUAACCUCGCUUAUGAUUCCACUCUGGAUGGGCCGCCGGUCUACGAGAACGACGACGAUUACCGGACGGUCCGGCCCUCAGUGGUCAGCGCCUUCGGUCAUGACACUUUAGACCGCGUACCCAACAUCGACUUCUAUCGCAAUGCGGGGAGCGUGAGUGGUCACCGGGCGGUGCGGCCAUCGCUGCAAGAGCUGCAUGAUGUCUUUCAAAAGAACGGAGCCAUCUCUGUUCCCGACACGGUGGAGGAUGACUGUGAGGGGAGCGACGGCACCCCCUCGGAUGAUGUGGAGUCUGCCGUUCACCUUGACAGUGGCAAAGGAGUUGUAAAGUUCGGCUGGAUCAGAGGUGUCCUGGUGAGAUGCAUGCUGAACAUUUGGGGAGUCAUGUUGUUCAUCCGCCUUUCCUGGGUGUUUGGACAGGCUGGCUGGGGUUUGGGAAUAGUGGUUAUUGCUCUUAGUUGUGUGGUGACAACAAUCACCGGCCUUUCCAUGUCAGCCAUUUGCACAAAUGGUGUGGUCAGGGGAGGAGGGGCGUACUACCUGAUAUCUCGCAGCUUGGGGCCAGAGUUUGGUGGUUCCAUCGGCCUGAUUUUUGCCUUUGCCAAUGCAGUGGCUGUAGCCAUGUAUGUUGUUGGAUUUGCUGAGACCGUUGUGGAUUUACUCAAGGAGCACGAUGUACUCAUGGUGGAUCCAUUAAAUGACAUUAGAAUCAUUGGCGUCAUCACAGUGGUGCUGCUGUUGGGCAUAUCUGUAGCCGGAAUGGAAUGGGAAGCCAAGGCUCAGAUAGUUCUUCUCAUCAUCCUACUGGCAGCUAUUGUGAAUGUAUUUGUGGGUACCUUCAUUCCUCCCACCGCAGACAAGAAAUCCAAGGGGGUAUUUAAUUAUGACGCAAAUAUCUUUUUAGAGAAUUUUCCACCGGAUUUCAGGCAAGGAGAGUCAUUCUUUUCAGUGUUUUCCAUAUUUUUCCCCGCUGCAACCGGAAUCUUGGCAGGAGCCAACAUUUCCGGCGACUUACGGGAUCCCCAGGAUGCCAUUCCUAAAGGCACCUUAUUGGCUAUUCUUAUCACUGGUAUCACCUACCUGGGUGUGGCCCUUUGUGUCUCUGCUAGCGUUGUGCGUGAUGCAACAGGAAACACAACUGACCUCAUCACUCCCGGAGUGUCAUGCGGAGGUUCAGCUGUCGCGGCCUGUGAGCUCGGGUACAAUUUUUCUUCCUGCGCAGUGGAAACAUGCAAAUUUGGUGCGAUGAACAACUUCCAGGUGAUGACUCUGGUGUCAGGCUUUGGACCCCUGAUCAUCGCUGGAACUUUUUCAGCCACGCUCUCAUCCGCACUGGCUUCUCUUGUUAGUGCUCCCAAAGUCUUCCAGGCGCUGUGCAAAGACAACAUCUACAAGGCCCUGCACUUCUUUGCCAAAGGACACGGCAAGAACGACGAGCCCCUCCGUGGAUACAUCCUCACCUUUCUCAUUUCUGUGGCCUUCAUUCUCAUCGGGAAUCUCAAUGUCAUCGCACCCAUCAUUUCAAACUUCUUCUUGGCCUCUUACGCACUUAUCAAUUUCUCCUGCUUCCAUGCGUCCUACGCAAAGUCCCCAGGUUGGCGACCAGCAUACAAAUAUUACAACAUGUGGUUGUCCCUGCUGGGUGCUCUUCUGUGCUGUGCCGUCAUGUUUGUCAUCAACUGGUGGGCGGCACUGCUCACUUACGGUAUCGAGAUCCUCCUCUACAUUUAUGUCACUGUCAAGAAGCCAGACGUGAACUGGGGCUCAUCUACUCAAGCGGUGACGUUCGUCAGUGCGGUCAGCAAUGCUUUGUCUCUAACCGGAGUAGAAGAUCACGUCAAAAACUUCAGGCCUCAGAUCUUGGCACUCACAGGGGCCACUCGCACCAGGCCAGCUCUGCUAGACCUGGCUCACUCUUUUUCGAAGAACUAUGGACUCUGUCUCACCUGUGAAGUCUUUGUGGGUCCAAGAGUAGAGACCCUGGCAGAAAUGAACGCCGGCGUAGAGAAGAACCAGCAAUGGCUGAAGAAGACGAAACGUAAAGCAUUUUACACCGCCGUAGCAUUUGAUAAAUUUCGGGAAGGAGUGGAAACACUACUGCAGGCCUCAGGUCUUGGCCGCAUGAAGCCCAACACACUAAUGAUAGGCUUCAAAAGAAACUGGAAGACUUCAGGUUCAGAAGCAGUCCAGAGUUAUGUGGGAGUGCUGCAUGAUGCCUUUGACUUUGAAUAUGGCACAGUGAUCUUGAGGAUGGACCAGGGACUUGAUGUUUCUCAUAUUGUUGAAGCAGAAGAGGAAAUGCUAAAAUCAGCAAAAGAGCAACAGGCGCUGGAGAGUGAUUUCAUGUCAAACGGAGUCAAAGCCAAAGGAUUGUUCAGGAAGUCCAGAAAAUCCUCUCAGCAAGUGCUCACCACCCGAGUGUCGGUAUGCGGCCCCCCGCCACCACAGGUUGCCAAGAUGAAUGAGAAGCUGGUGCAGGCCAGUGCUCAGUUUAAGACCAAACAGCCCAAAGGAACUCUUGACGUGUGGUGGCUCUUUGACGAUGGAGGUCUCACGCUGCUGCUGCCAUACAUCCUCACGACCAGGAAGAAGUGGAAAGACUGCAAAAUGAGGAUCUUCAUUGCAGGGCAGCCCGGACGCAGCGAGCUGGAUAAACAGGAGAUGAAGUCGCUCCUGCAGAAAUUCCGAAUUAAUUGCACUGACAUCAUAGUCAUCGAUGACAUCCAUGUCAAACCCCGUAACGAAAGCUUGAAGAAGUUGGAUGACAUGAUCGAACCUUUCCGCCUUCAUGAGAGGACCAAAGAAAGCACGCAGGUUGAAGCCAUGCGGAAAACACAGCCUUGGAAGAUUACCGAUGAUGAGUUGGAUGAAUUUGAGGAGAAGACCAAUCUGCAGGUUCGACUGAAUGAACUGCUUCAGGAGAACUCCAAAUCAGCCAACCUGAUUGUGGUGAGCAUGCCUAUCGCACGAAAGGAAACCAUCUCUGACUUCCUCUACAUGGCCUGGUUGGACAUUCUGACCAAGGACCUCCCACCCACCAUCCUCAUCAGAGGCAACCACAAGAGUGUGCUUACCUUCUACUCGUGAGGUCCUUACCCACGAAUGUGCGUGCUUGGAAUGAAAGCUUCGGCUGAAAUAAUCCCACGUUCAAGGACCGCUCCAGAACUUUUAGAUGUGAAGCAAAGUAGUGGGGUUACUAAUCAGCGGGAAGCAACCCUCAUGCCACUACAAGGAAAUACUUUUCUGUCUCUUUCUGGGGUCACAAUAUUAAUAAUGGACGCUUAUGGAUUGUUUUAAAUGCAUAAGAUGCACACAUCGAACAUCCUGCAACUAGUCAGAUCCCUUCAAGUAAACUGUACAUGCAGGUAUGGUGGACCCAGGACCUGUUACUGUGAAAUAAAUGUAUAUAGUACAAAUCCAAUAUCAUUAAUCUGUAUUUUUGGCAAUAAAACAACAUUUCAUCAAUGAUUUAAGAGCAUGAACUGUGAUAAUAAUAGGUAACCUUAUUUUAUGUUUUAAAAUAAAAAUGUAAAAUCUUGUGUUGUUAAGCUUACCCACGACAUAUUUUAUUUUAGUUUAGAUAUAUUUAAGGUUUUGUUUAGAUAACCAUUGUUUCAUAAUCAUUCUGAAUGUAUGCAAUCGAAUGUCUUUCCAUUUAAGUGUACUGUUGUGAGUACUUGAGAAAAAAAAUCAUUUUAAAAUCAAAUAAAAUUAGCUGUUUUUGA